UAUGCUUGGAAGUCAGGCCUGUGCAGAGCUUGGCAGCCUGCGUCGCAGGGAAUUCAUCCAUUUAUUCAGUCGUGUUGAAGCAGCGUGUUGGCUUUUGAGGACUGGAGAUGGGAACCCCUCGUCUAAAUGUUUCCAUAAAUACUUAUUCAGUUCAACUUCGAGUCAGAAAUACUUCAUUAAUUAAUUCUCAAGGGAAAUUACAUUGAUGAAGCUGAAUAAUAAUUCAGGGGAAAGUGCAGCAGGCUGACAGGACUUUUAGAAAAUGCAUUCUUCCCAAUGUUCUCACUUAAUUUGUUUUAGAUACAAAUCUCAGUUUCCAUAUACGUAUAUAUAUUUGACAUUCUUUAUCUUUCAAUUGCCAGAUGAAGCUUUAAUAUUUUAGUCAUCCUUUUUGGGGAUUUUAAGCUUCUAGCCAAGAGGCCUCACGUUAACACACACUCAUUUGAAAAUGAAAAGGCAAUGGAAGAGCUAUUUUUAAAAUUAUUUUUAAUUAAUUUAAGAGAGUUAAAUUUAAAAAAAUAAUAAUUUCAAAGUUCCAAAUCUGUCCUGAUUUGAGAAAUCUGAGCCUCAGUGAUUUUGAAGUGACGUAAUUUUGUUCAGAGUUGUGAAACAGAGCUUCACUACACUGCUCAAACGUCAACCCCUCCAUCAAGUUAUUUUGUAUUUUAUGGAUCAUACAGAGAAAAUAAUCUGUCUGUUGCAUGAGUGUUAAUGACUUCAAAUGAAAUGUCCAGAACUGGGAAAUAAAGGUAAAAAAAAAUGUCAUUUUGAAAUGAAAGAUGUGUAGAAACUCUGUUCUCUCUUUCCAUUUAAUUAAGACUAUUAUCUAUAAACCCCCUCAUAAUUAUUACUACUUUACAAGCCUAAUUAUUAAGCAAUUCUUGUCAAAGUUUAGCUAAAAAAUCUGUGUGCUUUGAUGUGAAUUCUGCAGUGUUUUUCAUUGGUAGAGGCUUUCAAAGAAUUUAGUUGAAUUAGUGCAUUUGUCUCUGUAAAUCGUCCCGUUAGCUCAGUCUGCAGUCUCCUGUUUCUCUCUGUGUUUCUUCACUUUCUUCAGAUCUGUCCCCUGCUUCUCCUCCCCUCUGCUCUCUUGGCUGGGGAAAGGCUGUUUUUUUCCAAACGCAACGCCAGAAGCGGACGUUAAGAAAGUAUCAGACUUAACCGGAAUCAAUGAGGGAGCCAGAACGGGAGGAGCAGCCCGAAGACAACAUGCCCCCCAAGUUUAAGCGACACCUCAACGACGACGAGGUCACCGGAUCCGUCCGCAGCGAGAGGAGGAAUCUGCUGGAGGAAGACUCUGAUGAAGAGGAAGACUUUUUUCUGAGAGGUCCAACCGGACCCAGAUUUGGACCUCAGAAUGACAAAAUGAAGCAUGUGCAGUCCCAGGUUGACGAGGUGAUCGACGUGAUGCAGGAGAACAUCUCCAAGGUGAUAGAGAGGGGCGAACACCUCGAUGACCUGCAGGUCAAGUCCGAGAGCUUGUCGGACCAUGCGUCUGCAUUCAGCAGCCGAGCCAAACAGCUGCACAGGAGGAUGUGGUGGAGAGACAUGAAGAUGAAGAUGAUUAUUGCACUGGUAGUCGUCGCUCUUCUGCUGAUCAUCAUCAUUCCAGUAAUCCUUCGAUAUCGUAAGUGACCGAUGAGGAUGAGGUGGACCGUUCCUCCUCAUCCCCCCCACCCCCCGCUCCCGGCCCACCUGCAGCUUCUCAACUGUCCAAACCAUCUUCAGAGUUCUCCUCUUCACCCUCAGUUCAGAUCUUACAAUCACAUCCUGAUCCGAGAUCAGUUCUGCUCGAUGAAGUUAAGGGAAAGCAAAAACAUUGACUUAUGUUUUGGCCCUGUUGUCCGUGUAAAGGGAACGCUUCGUGCCACGACACAUAUCACAGGCGCUGGGGGUUUUGGGCCUUUGUCCUUCGUGUUGCAUCUCAGAUAAAUUCUCCAGGACCGGGGGAAUCCGACAGUCUGCGUUAGUUUAUCUCCUGUGAAUCUGCUGCAGCACCCUCGCAUGAAGAGGCUGUAAACUCCGAGCAGAUGAACCUCUGAUGUCUUCCCACAUGUGCAUCUCAAACACCAACGGCAGAGACAGUUUUAAAGGGGACACCUAAGUAGUACAAAGCACAUUUUUAAAAUUCUCUCCCGCACGAAGCGAGAAGACAUCUGAGUCUCAUCUGAGGUUCUUUUUUUUUUUUUUUUUCAUUUUAAUGUGAAGAAAAGAACAAUGGGAAACCAAAACAGCCACGUUCUGAAUGUCUGUUCACCGUUCUGUGCUCUAAACCUCUUACUUCCUGCAGGACUGUGCUGAUCUCUGGACUCCUUUGAUCACAACUGUUCAGGUUUUCAAUUUACUCCCAACUCUGCAACCGGUUCUGUUCGGUUUAAAGCUGCUUUUUGCUUACUUUCCCUUUUAAGUUGUUACUAUUAUUUCUGGUUUAUGAAGUUCUGUAUGAGCGCUGGUAUUUGCUACUGAGGGGGACGGUUUAUCUCUGCACUGUUAUGACUGAGAUGGAAGGUCUUAUGUAAUGUGAAUGGAAACCAUAGGUGUAGUUGUGAUUGGUUAAAGUCUACAUGGUAAUUUGAUUAUUUUUGUGUAUUUAUUUUAGCUGUAAAUAUGGAUUCUGUAACGAUACUGUACAGUACUCUGUGGCAUUGCAUUGGAAGACUGUGAUUCCUUUUGCUCUGGAAUAAAGUGAUAUUAAAGGGCAAUAUGUCUGGUUUGUUCUGGUUUGAACGAGAAUCAGCAGUAGGAAAAAGUGGAUGAAGUAAAAAAACAAAACAAAAAACAGAAACAAUCGUCAUGCCAUCCCUAAAGUUUUAAGCACAGGUUAAGUGUCCAAUAGCUUACAGAGCUUGCAAAAUUCCAGGACUUUUAUCUUCUCAUUUAUCCGACUGUUGCUGGCUCGUGACUUUACUGGCAUCGCCGAGUCCCCAGAUGGCAUUAAAGUUGAGGGGUCUGGAGCCCAUGAAGCGUUAUUGCUCUGACAGACCCUCGGCCUUUCUUCCUCCCAGUACCGCAGGCACAAACACUGAGCCAGAACUGCCCAACUCCACUGCAGGAACAGACAUUAAACUGGCCCCGAGGGACAAUUUGCUUUGCUGAUAUAUGGCGGCUGGACGUUAGGGGUCACAUCUGCCACUGAUGCACACAACAGUGACGGUGGCUUUGUUUCCGCUCCGAAGUCGAAGCGGUAAUUUAAUCCGCUACGCACUGUUUGGAUGUUGAUUAAAGCAGGCAUAGGUAAAGCUGUUCAGAGCCCCUCCCCCCUGGCUGCACCAGCACCUAUAAAUCAGUAACACUCCAGAAAGGUCAUAGGUCAAAGAAACUCAAAGUAAGCAGACCUUCUUUCAGGUCUAAGGUUUUAUGGACUGGCACAUAUUAAAGACCUUUUGAUCCUUACCAAUUCCUAAAGUUCAGUACGUUCAAUGAGUGCUAAAAUGGUAACUGAAUUUAUGAUUCCAGAACUUGACAGGUUUUGUUUGUGCAUACAAUGCUAGCCACAUUUAUGGAAAGUUGUGGAAAAGAUGUGUUAAAAGCCUUAAAUCAAUCUCAACUCAUUGGACGGGGUGCUGCAUGCAAGGCAUCUCCCAGUCUGUCAUGGUUAAAGGGGCAUUAUAACAUAAAGUCGACAUUUUUGAGCUUUGCACCGUGUUAUAGAGUUGUUCCCUAAUCAAAAACAUUUCAUACCUGUUAGUAAAAUCUCCCUUGGCAACCAUUCAGGUUUGUAAAACGCUUGGGGGAACCAAGUGGCACCUUCAAUACGCAGCUCCUCCACAGACCUACAGUUUUCAGGGAUUUCGACUCCCCGCACUCUGCUCCUCCAGACUAGCCAGCAGCAAUUAGCCAACACCUGGUGAAGCUGCGCGUCUGCUGACCUCAUUGUAUGAGCUACUUCUAUGUCCAGUGCUCCCCUGAAUGUUUGUAAAGCCUCGAUAGAGGAACGCUAGAGAAAGAAAGAAAGAGACAGAGGCCCAAUAUUAAGGCAUGAAAUUGCAAAAUCAAAUUUCUUUUAAGUCCUGUUGGACACAUACAGCAUUUUUAUGACAACUGAAGGUGGCAUAAUUAAUUCAUCGUCCCUCAGGAGAAGACAGACAUGCACCAGGAGAGCCUCUAAAAACCAUAAGCCAGGAUCUGAGCUCAGGAACUUCUUGCUGAAUUCCUUUCUAAUCAGCUCAUUUGCAUAUCUUCCUGUCAACUCUUGGAAAGAUUGUCAAUUUUUGUUUGUUUGUUGACAAUCAUAUAGUUUCCAAACUGAUGGAUAGCAUCAAUCACAGAUGAAAUUUUUCUUGUCUGCUUUGAGUUACCGCACGUGAAAGCUCAUAAACUCCCCGAGCCAUUGGCCACCAGCACAUCUUUACUUACUCGGUGCAUUUUACGAGCUACACAUGACUGCUCCCUACCCUCCAAAGUCCUUUGGAAACAGUGAGUACUUACUUACUUUUUCCUUUCCCUUUUUUAUAGAUUUUUGCUUUUUUUUUUUUUUUUUUUUUUUUUAAUUAAAUAAAAACAACGUUUAAGAUAUAAUGUGAUAUUGGUCAUUUGAGGUGCCUCAUUUUGAGAACCAAUGAUGGUCGGAUUAAUAGUGGCAACGCCGCAUUUGUUAUUGAAAGAGCUUGCCUUGGGCCAGUACCUGUGCAGUUUAGACAGAUUUUACUACAACCCAUAAAUGAGACGGUCUUUUUUUCCUGUCUGCCUACACAAACACACCCACGCUGGCAGCAGAGGAUGUUUUGAUCCUUCGGCUGGAUGACCUCAGAUUCCGGGCAUAGUGAUGGUUAUAUGAGUCACAUAAAAGUGAGUUAAUUUAACGGGGGGAGGAGAGUGGACAAUGUGCCAACCAGCCUGCCCAGACAUUUUGACACUGAUGAAUAAGUCCCUGGUCUAUUACAUUUCACAGUUCAGGUCACAGAAAGGUUGUGAUAAAAAUAUAAAUAUGCUUAUUCUCAUUAUGAUACUACAAAGCAGGGACAGUAGCAGUUUUGGCAGUACUUGGGCUUCAUGUGUAUUUUAGAAAAUAAACAGAGCCUUGCACUGGAAAAUAGUAAUACUAUGCUGACUAAUAAAAGGUUUCAGAGACCAACACCUAACUCGAUGACAGGGAUUAAUUUCAGAUUCACUCAACAAUAUAGCAGAAACAAACAAAACAAAAACUCAACUUGUGUAAUGGCAAAGAUGUUUCUCUGUGUCAGACUGCUCUAGCAAGUACAACAACUUAGGAUAUUGACCAAAUUAAGGCUAACAAUCACUUUGUACGUUUAUCAGAGUAUGAGUCAAUCUUUCAGAACUAAACAGCUGUGAAUUAUUAAAGGGAUUAUCCAAGACUUUUUAUGAGAACGUGAAAAAGUUAAUGUCUGUCUCUGCAGUAGAUCUCUUGUCGUCUUCAUACAGUAUAACUCUAGUUUACCCGGGUUCUGGAGGCUAAAGCUAGCUGCUAGCUUCAGAGGAGCCUGGACCAGGGCGGACCAUGGAUUGGAUCACUGCUCCAAUCCAUGUGGCAUAGUUUAUGUCAAUACUGUUUCCAGAAUCUUUAAACCUUUGUCACGUUUGGAUUGGUCAGUUUGUUACACAGAAACAAACCGUGUGUCCAUAAACACAUCCAUUAAUGUGUUUAUGUUCACAUUAAUGGACGUUGGAGGGUGUGCGCCACUAAUAAUCUUCCUGUCUGAAGCAAGAAUUCAGAACAAGACAUGUUUGAGUAUCUACAUGAUAAGAGAAAUAAGCCCUUUAAAAAAUAAAUAGGUUUCAAUUAAAUUGCUAUAUUAUUUCACAUUUUUUUUAAAUGCUAUACAUAUUGUUGGACAGUUUACUCUGACUUAAAAAGCCUUACAUGCUUCUAUCUAAGUUUUCUUUUUAAGUUGUUCUACGCAGGAAGAUUGCUGGUUUUGCCCCCAACUUAUAAGUAAUGAUCAACUUUUCUUUAAAUACUCCCUCUCUCACAAUACUUCAAAGGUUCACAGUGUUAGGUUCACAAUAAUGUUUUCCAAUUUGAGGUAUUUUAAGACAGCAGACGUCCACUUUGGUUUUGGUUCCUCUCUGGGCUGGCAGCUUCCGCCUCUGUGAACAACAUGGAUUUCUGCUUAUCGUGGUCACCAAGAGAGCUAUAUACUGGAAGAAAGAUAUUAACUGCUUAUAACCGUUUUACCAAACCUCCCUGUAAAAUUUCAAAACAAUUUCUGUGAAGCCUCUCAGACAUGUAAGAAAGUACAUCUAAAGUGAAACUGCUGCCAUAUUCUUUUUCAUAUACCUCUCUGCUUUUGUACGACAAAGGUAACUCUGUUCUGGAGCGCUUCACCAGCUCGGCUUCACGCGUCCAAAAAUGAGAAUAGCCACAAAAAAAAAGGACAAUACAUCCUAAAAGUAAAUAUAUUCGUUAUAGUGUAGACAAAUGAAUCCACAGUUCAACUCUGUGGGCUUAUGUAUGUCGAGUCUUGCUGUUUUUAUCCAUAGAUAGACAAUCUGCACGGCAAGUCAUGUUGUCUAGACGUACGUUGUUAUUAUUUGGUGUGUGUAUAAGGCAUAGUGCCGCAUCUAUGAUUUAUAAAAGCAAUUAAAUGAUUUGGUCCACCUGCAUGAUGAUUUAUUGAAACGAGUUGAGGCCCAGAGAAAGUGGCAGCCUUUCUAUUGUUUUUGUUUGAACUUGUAUUUUCUUUGGAGAUAGGGCUAAAUUACUCUAAUUAAUUACUGUAUCAUAACAUCGACUUUUGCAAUGUUUUCAAACUACUUUCUCCGUCCCAUCAUUUUCCCAAGAACAUUCCCCCCCCCCCCUUGUUUUUUAGCUUUAGCUACUGUUGUUCCCAUGUUACUACUGUUGACGCUGCCUUUCUCAGCUAGUAAACUAAAAGUUUUCAUCCGGUUUCGGGCGUUCAGGCCCUUUGCGACCCAGAGAUGCUUUGGACGUCACGGCCGGUCGGGUCAGCAGAGACGGAUGGAUGAGAAAUUUAUGCACAUGAAAGAAAGGAGAAGUGAAAAUGUGAAGGGCAAGAGGUGACGCAAUGAGAUACCGUGUUAAAUUUUGGGUGACCGGAGAGGAAGCGAGCGUAAAAGAAAAAGAAGAAGAAGAAAAAAAAGAAGCUAAUUUUAGUUGUUUUAAACGUGAGAGAGUAUAAACGCAUUGCAGAGACAGUGUGGAGUCUGAAGCACGGACUCACACUUCACACCUAAGAGUCUCAGCUCUGAGGGACACUGUGUGCUGGGGGGUCAGCGUCCUAUCCGAUCACUAAUGCCCCCCAUAUGUAAGGAGACACCGGCUCCUCAGGAGGAAACUGUGUCCAACAGGGAUCAUGUCUCGCCACCAUGUUGGACCCAAACCUUGCAGGGGUAGUUGAAGGAAGGUCCUGUUGAAAGGUUUUAAGUGUGAUAACUGUCUUGCCGAUGCUGAUGAUUAUUUACUGUGGAUGUGGAGGUUGGAGGUGGAGCCAGUCAACUUGACCACACAUCAUUUAUGACGCACUACCUCCAAAUUUAUGCUUAAAAAAAUCAUCAGCUUUUUUUUUUUUUUGUCAAUAACCAUUUAACCAGCGUCUGCAUGCACUGCUGAGACAUUUUACGCUGGGAGCAGUCCAACUCCUGAGCUAGGUGUUCAGCCUCUGGGAUCAAAUAAUCUGUUUUUAUACCAAAUAAUGAAGCCAAAAGAGUAAUUUACUACAACUGUUUGUAAACUUUUAACAAACCCUUUAAAAAAAAAGAAGUUUUCUUUAAAUUCCUGAGAAUUUGAACAGGAACUUUCUUUUUUUUAUGCACGACACGUAAAAAAAGGACAGUUUUUCCAGAUGAGAUCUCCAAAAUCCCAACUAUUACAAAGCGUCAGAUUUAACAUCCUAAUAUCCCAAAACAUCAUUUUGCAAAUUUAGCAUCAUUCAAAAAAAAAUCCUGUGUUUUUGUCCUUUUCCCUACACCUUUUCCUUUCCCCCUCUGCCCCCCUCUCUUCCUUUCACCUCUCCUCUCCUCCCUGUUUUCCAGUUUCCCUCCUUGUGUCCCUUCCAGACUGUAUAAAUAUCUGAGAGCAGAUGGGAAGAGCUCAGUGUUGCAGAGCUGCUCAUAGAAGAGAGAACAAGACAAGGGGAGAGGGCAAGACGACCUGAUAAGAGAAAAAACCUCUGAGUUAAAUCUGGAAAUUGGCUUGGAUAAAAAAAAAAAAAA